GUGGUUAUUAUUCGCGGUAACACUGGCUGUGGCAAAACUACGCAAAUCGCGCAAUACAUAUUAGAAGAUUAUAUACAGUCUGGUCAAGGGGCCUUUUGUGAUAUUUACGUUACUCAACCUAGACGUAUAUCAGCUAUUUCGGUAGCUGAACGUGUAGCCAAUGAAUGUUGCGAGAAUCUUGGCGAAUCUGUCGGUUAUUCAGUGCGCUUUGAAACUGUUUUGCCGCGUCCGUAUGGCGCUAUACUUUUUUGUACUGUGGGUGUUUUAUUGCGUAAAUUAGAGAUGGGCUUACGUGGUAUUUCUCAUAUUAUAGUCGACGAAAUCCACGAACGGGAUGUUAACAGUGAUUUCCUUUUGAUUAUUUUACGAGAUAUGAUUCACACUUAUCCAGAUUUGCGGAUCAUUCUUAUGUCAGCAAUCAUAAAUACGACAUUAUUUUCCCAAUAUUUCGGUCAAGCUCCUGUUCUUGAAUUACCGGGACGUGCAUUUCCAGUUCAGCAGUAUUUUUUGGAAGACUGUUUGGAAAUGACGAAAUUCGUCCCUACAUUGGAGUCUCGUAAAAAGAACAAAGAUCGAGAUGACGAAGAGAACGCAGUGAUUAAAGAGAACGGUGAGGAUGGCGGUGAACAGAAUUUAAACAAAGUUUGUGCCGAUCCGUAUUCGCAACAGACGAAGAAUGCCAUGGCCCUUCUUUCUGAAUCGGAAUGUUCUUUUGAAUUAAUUGAAGCCUUGUUAAUUCAUAUAAAAUCGAAGAAUAUACCUGGAGCUAUAUUGGUUUUCUUGCCCGGCUGGAAUCUAAUAUUUGCUUUAAUAAAAUAUUUACAAAACUCCCAGUUCGGUAGCCCACAAUAUAGAAUUUUGCCAUGCCAUUCGCAAAUUCCGAGAGAAGAUCAACGUAGAGUGUUUGAACCAGUUCCAAAUGGCGUUACUAAGAUUAUUCUUUCCACCAAUAUCGCUGAAACUUCGAUCACAAUAGAUAUCGAUAUCGUAUUUGUUGUGGAUCUUUGUAAAGCUCGCAUGAAAAUGUUUACUUCUCAUAAUAAUUUAACGAGUUAUGCUACAGUUUGGGCCAGUAAAACUAAUUUAGAGCAACGGAAAGGUCGGGCUGGUCGCGUUAGACCUGGUUUCUGUUUUACUCUUUGCUCUAAAGCGCGUUUCCAGGCUUUGGAAAAUCAUUUAACGCCGGAAAUGUUUCGUACGCCUUUGCAUGAAAUGGCUUUAACUAUUAAAUUAUUAAAACUCGGUUCUAUACAUCAAUUCUUGUCGAAAGCAUUAGAACCACCACCUCUGGAUGCCGUUAUUGAAGCCGAGGUAUUGCUGCGCGAUAUGCGUUGCCUGGAUGCCAACGAUGAACUCACACACUUGGGUCGAAUUUUAGCGCGUUUACCAAUUGAACCGAGACUUGGUAAAAUGAUGAUAUUGAGUACUGUUUUUGGUUGUGGUGAUGGUGUCGCUAGCAUGGCGGCGUAUUCUAGUACUUUCUCUGAAGUAUUUGCUUUAGAUUUGGGUCAGAGACGUUUGCAAAAUCAUCAAAAAGUUUUAAGCGGUACAAAAUGUUCGGAUCACGUGGCCAUGAUUGUCGCCACUCAAAUGUGGGAGAAUGCUCGUCGAAAAAGCGAAGAUGAAGAGAUACGGUCUUGUGAAUGGAAAGGAUUGCAAUUAUCUACUAUGCGCGUAAUGGCAGAGUCCAAAAAUCAAUUAAUAGAUCUUCUCCAACACGCAGGUUUCCCGGAAGAAUCAAUGAUAACUGAGAGCAUAUUUGGCGAAAAAAUACGUACUAGAGCGGUAUCUUGCAAACAAAUGACUAUGGUUACCCCAUUACAUUUGAUGCUUUUUGGUUGCCGUAAAAUUGAUUUGGUUAGGAAGAAUGUAAUACGUCUGGAUAAUUGGUUAAACUUUGAAAUUGAACCGCAGCUUGCUGCUAUGAUAGCUGCGUUGAAGAUUGCUAUCGAAGAUUUAGUAACAAUAGCUUGCACAGAGCCAUCCGAGGUAUUAAAGUUGGAGGAAAAGCAAGCGAAAUUAGUCAAAACUAUAAAGGAUUUGUGCAUAAGAAAUGCUGGCGAUUAUCAAAUUGAGCGUGAGAAAGGAGUUAUGCCUUUCCAAAGUUCCUCGAGCGGACCGCCUUAUAAGCGGGGUCGGCUCGAAAAUGAUUUCCCCGGUGGUAGCAGUUUGGUGGCUAUAGGAGCGGUAGUGGACGAUACGGAAGUGGUGCCUAUAGAGGAAGCGGCAGUGGUUAUGGAAGUGGUGGCUACGGUGAAGUUAAUCGCUUUGACGCUCGCGGCAGAAAUUAUGGUCGUAGCAGCCAUUGGGGCGAUGGAGCCGGUCGCAGAUUUUAAAUUCGAAUGCGUGUCGACUUGUGAUGGUUUUACGAAUUCGUCAUUGUCACACGCGUUUCAGUUGAUUUAAUUACUCACGUCUGUCCGCAAUGAAGGAUUCUUCAGACUGCAACGCUUAAUUUAGAGAUGUAGCCUUAACUUGCUUGCUUGCGCUAAAUUUCCAUGGAUUACAUUUUCCAAUUAGCGAUGUAUCUCUGCUUAUGUCGACGAGUCAAAAAACAGUAAAUAAAGUUUUCUUAUAUGUCAGAUACAAAAUGUGCUUAUGAAAUUGUUUUUAAAAUAAAUGCAGUGCAGCCAGUCAUUACUGCAUGCAAUAAUAUUCAAUAAAUAAUUAAUUCUUUAAAGAAAGAAUGUGUAGAAUAUUCCGCUUGCCCAGAAAUAAAUGUGGUUUUUUUUUUGUUCCUUUA